AUGCCCCCUAAAGUGCAGCAGACCAAGGCCGCUAAGGCCGCCGCCGCCAUGGCCGGAGGAAAGACCCGAAAGAAGAAGUGGUCCGCCCAGAAGAUGAAGGAUAAGGCUCAGCACCACGUUAUCCUUGACCAGCCCCUGUACGACCGAAUCUUCAAGGAGGCUGCUACCUUCAAGCUCGUCUCUGUCUCCGUGCUUGUUGACCGACUCAAGAUUGGAGGUUCUCUCGCCCGAGUUGCUCUCCGAGAUCUCGAGGCCAAGGGUAUCAUCAAGCCCGUUGUCAAGCACUCCAAGCAGUACACUUUCACCCGAACUGCUGCCGAGUAA